AUGGGAAGCGGUAUGAGUUCAGAGAGUAAGGAGUCAGCCAAAAGGUCAAAAGAACUGGAGAAAAAGCUUCAGGAAGAUGCUGAGCGAGAUGCAAGAACUGUAAAGUUGUUGCUAUUAGGAGCAGGAGAAUCUGGAAAAAGUACUAUUGUUAAACAAAUGAAGAUCAUCCAUAAGAACGGUUACAGUGAGCAAGAAUGCAUGGAAUUCAAAGCAGUAAUUUACAGUAAUACAUUGCAAUCUAUCCUAGCUAUUGUGAAAGCCAUGACCACCCUCGGGAUUGACUAUGAAAAUGCCAGAAGUGCAGAAGACCAAAGACAACUUUAUGUGAUGGCAAAUGCCCUAGAAGAUGGAGGAAUGACGCAGGACCUGGUGGAGGUAAUAAAACGUCUGUGGAGAGAUCCGGGGAUUCAGGCCUGCUUUGAAAGGUCAGCCGAGUAUCAGCUCAACGAUUCAGCAGCUUACUACCUUAAUGAUUUGGACAGAAUAACAGCUCCUGGAUAUGUCCCAAAUGAGCAAGAUGUUCUACAUUCUCGAGUGAAAACAACGGGAAUCAUUGAAACUCAAUUCUCCUUUAAAGACCUGCAUUUCAGAAUGUUCGAUGUUGGUGGACAGAGAUCUGAGAGAAAGAAAUGGAUUCACUGCUUCGAAGGAGUUACAUGCAUUAUAUUUUGUGCAGCACUCAGUGCCUAUGACAUGGUCCUAGUGGAAGAUGAAGAAGCGAACAGAAUGCAUGAAAGCCUUCACCUGUUCAACAGUAUCUGUAAUCACAAGUACUUUGCCACCACCUCCAUUGUCCUGUUUCUCAAUAAAAAAGAUCUCUUUCAAGAAAAAGUCACCAAAGUGCAUCUUAGUGUCUGCUUUCCAGAGUACACUGGGCCAAAUACAUUUGAAGAUGCAGGGAACUACAUCAAGAACCAGUUUCUAGACCUGAAUUUAAGAAAAGAAGAUAAGGAAAUUUAUUCCCACAUGACCUGUGCGACAGAUACCCAAAAUGUCAAGUUCGUGUUUGAUGCCGUUACAGAUAUAAUAAUCAAAGAGAAUCUGAAAGAUUGUGGACUUUUCUAACAACCUCUUUUUUCCUUCCAUUCUCGCCUAUGUAUGUUUUUCAAGAUAUAGAAGGAAAGGUGCUAUGUGAUGUGUUGUUUUAAUAGACAUUAACAUAUCUAGAAAUGUAAGUAGCAUUAUAAAGCAAAAAGUUUUCACGCAAAGUUUGAAUUUAUUGUCACCUGUAUCUGGAUCAGUUUUUAUUUCUGUGGGACAUUGAGGAUGAGGUGUCUUUGAUGUCCUUGGGUCUGAAAACUGGUAUAUAUCAGAAAUUCUACAUCAGUACAAAUCACUGGCAUUGAAUUUGCUUGGAAAUUAAGUUCUGCAUUGUGGCCUAUUUUUGAUCAUAGAACAAUUAAAAGUGCCAGGUAAUCCAUAUUAUUUCCAUUGGCCAGAUUUUGAGAGGCAUUCAUUUUGGUUGCUAAUGUAACUGUGCCUGUACUAUAGAGACUAAGCAAAGGUGAUACAUGUGGUAUUUUACUGGUCCAUUAUUGCUGUUUAGCCAGCUGCAAAUGAAAUGUUCACUUGUUGAUGCAAAAUUACAUAUGCAAGAAAAUGCAUGCAAUUUUAUCUGUUUCCUUUUUUUCCUUAGAAAAUAGUAUUAAUGCUUAAUUUACCUGUGGAGUUGAAGAUUUUAAUCAUCUAUUUCUGCUGAUUGAAAACAGGGGACAAUGAAUGGUCAAGUACACAGUGUAAAGAUGUUAACAAGAGUUCUCAAUGGAAUGCUCAUUUCCCCCAUUUUAUUCCAGAACAGAAAGGAACAUUAUUACAAUUUUUGGUUUGGGGUCAAUUCUUAGACUUUAAGAGAAAAAACGAAUUCAGUGUCUUAUCAUUAGUAUAUAUAUUUUUUGUAAAUAAGAAGUAGAAAGAAAGAGCAAGUAAAUUAGGAGAUUUUUUUUAGAAGAGAAAGACUGAGCUUUUCUCUUUGUACCAUAUGGUUCAUGCUAAAUGUCACAUGGUAUGCUAAUGGUCAAAGCUUCCUUUUUAAAAGUUAAUUUGGUGCCCUGCAAUCUAAGUCAUAUUAUGUAUGAACAGAAAAAAAUGCCUUUUCUUUUUUAAUGUGUGUACCAUUUACAACAUAUACUUUUCAAGUAUGUCUCAAUAUUGUUUACUUUCAACACUUGUAGAAGAAGCUGAUAUAGAUCAGAAUAGUAGGUCAAUGCAUGAGAUUUAGUAUUCUGAAAAAAUAGCUACUUAGGUGUUUACAAUGUAGAUGAGAUGAAGGAAACAUAAAUCAAGCAAUAUGCCAAUCUGUAGCUCCAUUUGAUUUAGCUGCUACUUCAUUGUUCUGUAACAUAUUUCCUUUCCAAUACAUAGGAUGAUCACUACUCAGUAAGUAACCUUUAUUAGAGUGUCCCUGGGUUUAUCUUCAAAACCACAAAAGCAGUUAUAAAUAAAUCUGUCUAAGAAAAACUAUUUUUAAAUUUUUGUGCUGAAUAUACAUUUUUAAGGAGCCUAAGAUACCAAGAACAACAACAACAAAAGCAUGAAAAUAUAUUUAGUUCAGGCACUCAAUAAAACGUUUUGGCUAAAAAACAACAUCUAUAUGACAACAGCCCAACAUUUUGCUAGGAGAUAUUCAAUGCUAUGAGAUUGUAAAUUAAGAUUACAAAUGCUAUUAUUUCUUCCAUUGUGUUUUGUCUUUUUUCCUUCUACUCUACUUUAAACUGUUUGUUUCCCUCAGGGUGAGAAGAAUUUUCCAGAAAAGAUUAAGAUACUGUUUGAACUGUUACUAUGAUUGUUAUUUAGAUUUUGACUCUGGCUUACCAUUAGGAUUCCUCUGUUAGAUAACACAGGUAGAAAGGGUUGGGUACAAAAUGGUUCAUUUUGUCUUUUAAAGAUGCAAAACUAAUUUCAAUCUGUGCAAAAAACUGACAGGCAUCAAUAUUUACUUAUGAAAUAUUAUAAUCUGAGAACUUUAAAAAAAAUGCUAAAUGACCAAUCUAUAAUUAGAGGUAAGUUUGGAUUAUUAAAACAAAUAAAAACAACUUAAAUUUAUUCCAAUGCUGAUUGAAAUUAAAAUCUUCCUACAAAUUAAAAACAUUUACUAUGCUAAAAAAACUUUAUUAAACAGAGAAAUGUUUAAUAGAGAAAAUAUAAAAUAGAUGUUUGCAUUAUUUCUUUAAUGACUGCAACCUUAAAUUUGACUCUAUGUUUUAUUUUACAUUAAAAUUUUAAUUAAAAAUGGUUGAUGCAUGCCCU